AUGAUGAGAGCGUCGAGAGUAAUGCUAAUCUAACUGAGGUCUGAGGUUUAUAUCGGGAAAGGACAAUCAUAUACAUACAUAAAUGAAUUUGAAUCCGCUAUUGCAUCUUUUGAGGAAGCCCUUAGGAUAAAAAGAAAAUUCUGCGAUGAAAGUUCUGAAAAAAUCGCUCAAAUCUUAGUUCUUCUAGGAAAUUCGCAGCGGUGUUUCGAUGAUUUAUCUUCUGGUCUUGCAACAUUUGAACAGGCUCUGGAAAUAAGGAAAAAACUGUAUGCUGAGAAGCCAAGCUCCAACGGGUAUCGAAAUGUAGUUGAUUGUUACUGUAUUAUUGGACUCGUGCAUAAUGUUCUUGGCAACAAAACUGAAUAUGUAAAAUGUUUUAAAACUGCACUUGAAGUGACCACGGAUUGCGAUCUGGAACGUUCACUUGAGCAUAGUCUUAUUUUUGUGGAACUUAUAAAUUGGAAGGUAGAUGAAAUCUUGUACAUGGAAUUGUUGGAAAGUAAUUUACCGGUGAUCAAGGGAAAUUUUAAGUGGUUAUUACCUAUACUGUAUUUGACAUUAGGUUCAAAACAAGUUGAGUUAGGAAAGCAUAAAGCUGGUCUAGCGUUCCUUCAAGAAGCUCUUGACAUUGACUUAGAGAUAACACUGAGAAGCGCCGUUGGUAAUCGGGAGUUGACGAUUGCAUGGUACAUUAAAAUGGUUGUAACUUUAGUUAAUAUUGAAAAGUUUAAUUCGGCGAGAAAGGCAAUUGAAAGAGCAAUCCAAGUAUCAGAAUCACUUCCUGAAUGUAAACAAUAUCUUUGGAUCUUUCGGUGUUUUAUGUGGAAGGGCCGCUUUCGAAACAAAAUGCGGGAAUAUAUUACAGCAAUUGAGUCCCUUAAACACGCACUUCUGCAACUUCCAAAAAUUUCUCAAAAAUCCUGUGAUAAAAUCGAAGUAUUUGAGUGUCAUAUAGCGAUAGCAACAGCUCAUAUCUAUGUUGGAUCUUAUAAAGAUGCGCUUACGUCGUUUUAUGACGCAUUGAACGUCAUUAAAG